AUGAACGGCUAUGGCCACCACCCGACCAGCCCCUACGGCCCAACCAGCCCGUACCACGAAGAGGAAGAGACAUUUGAAUUGACGGCCCCGCAAAUCUAUCGCAAUCCGAACUCUUUCGAUUUCCAAUUCCAGGACAGCGUGCCCUCGGCUCGACCCAUAAUGCCAAUCCGACCAGGCCACAACCAGAACUACAGUCCCCCCGAGUACUCCUUGCCAUGGCUGCAACCGACACCGCGCAUGUCCGGCGGUCCGGAUUCGUUUCCCAACACUCCUUAUGAAUCCCGCUCGGCGUCGCCCACUCUGGUACGUAUUCGUCCUGUCUCCGCGGCAUGCCAUCGACCUUCGCAUUCUCGAGGUCGAAAGCCAUACGCGACGAUCCCAAUGAAGCCCACCAAGCUAACACAGGUCUCCGUCGCCAUCAAACAGUAUCAAAAUUCCCAGCUUCAGAGUGCUCAGUCCCUCACCAAUCUCGUUGAUACCCCGAUCACCCCGAGCUUCGCGAAGGAAUGGGUGCAGACCGGCUCCGGGUCUAUCGCCCGCCUCGAUGAUCGUGACGAUGUGGACAUCUGGAAGGGUUGGAAGCGUUGGGUCUUCAAGUUCACCCCAUUCUUGACCUUCACCAACACCGGUCUCUACCUCUUCUAUCUGGGUCUCCGCGUCUACUGUAUCAUUAUGGCCCAGAAUGCCGCCGGCUUCAGCUAUGCCGGUGCCUGGGUCUUCGUCGCCAUUGAAAUCGCCGUUGCCAUCCCCUCGCUCAUGCACAACUGCUGGACCAUGAUGGCAUUGAAGAAGCGAGGACGCGCCAAACUCCGAUUGAUCGGCAACGAGUGUCCCACCGUCGAUGUCUUUAUUACCUGCUGUGGUGAAGAGGACGAGGUCAUCCUCGAUACCGUCCGAGGCGCUCUCGACCAGGACUACCCCAACGACCGAUACCGUGUGAUCGUGCUGGACGAUGGCCGCUCGGCCUCCCUGGAAGAUUCGUGCAGUCAAUUGGCCAUGACCCAUUCCAAUCUGUUCUACAUGGCCCGCGAGAAAAUUCCCGGCAAACCCCACCACUUCAAGGCCGGCAACCUCAACUACGGACUCGAGCAGUCGCUCAUGCUGCCCGGCGGCGCGAGCCAGUUCAUGGCCGCGCUUGACGCUGAUAUGAUCCCCGAACAGGAAUGGCUGCGCGCCGUCCUUCCCCACUUGCUGGUGGACCCCAAAAUGGCCCUUGCAUGCCCUCCCCAGCUUUUCUACAACACCCCUGCGUCCGACCCUCUGGCGCAGAGUCUGGACUUCUUCGUGCAUGUGAUUGAACCGAUCAAGGACGCGAUGGGCGUCGCGUGGUGUACCGGCUCGGGAUAUGUGGUUCGCCGCGAGGCGCUCGAGGAUAUUGGCAAUUUCCCCCUGGGUUCGUUGGCGGAGGAUGUUGCGACAUCGACUCUGAUGCUCGGCAAGGGCUGGAAGACGGCCUACAUUCACGAGCCGCUUCAGUUUGGUACGGUCCCCGAGGACUAUGGCAGUCAUCUCAAGCAGCGUACCCGUUGGGCUAUCGGUACCGUAGACACGGCCUUCAAGUUGAAGUUCUGCGCCUGGGGUGACGCGGUCAAGCAGAUGACCAUCGCCCAGCGCUUUUCCGGAUUCUUGUACGCGACUCUGAGUUUGUACACUCUCCUGCUCACGGCCUCGCUGUUCGCCAUCCCCAUCAUUCUUCUCUGGGGUAAGCAGCUCGUGGCCUACGCCAACCAGGAUCAGCUGCACUGGCUCAUUUGGGCUUGUUUCGCCUCGACCAUCGCCAACCGCCUCUGCGAAUUUGCACUCUUUAUCCCGGCCGGCUACCACACGGGCCAGCGCGGUUCCCGCUAUCAGCUCUGGAUGUCGCCUUACAUUGCGCUGUGCAUUGUCCGAUCGUUCCUUCUGCCCAAAUGGCUCGGUGGCCAAACCCAGGCAUUCAAGCCAACUGGCUCUCUGGGCUCGACGCUGAACGAGCGUGACACCAACCUGCGCAAAAACAUGUUUGUUCGUCUGCGCGUGAUUUUGUUCAACUUUAUGGCUCUGUUCCACUUCGCCUUCGUUUACGUGACCCUGGUUGCCGUCGCUAUCUCGUCAUACCGGUGCUUCUACACGGAGAGCGGGUUCAAGGGCAUCGUGAUUUGUCUGAUCACUCACGCCUUUUGGCCCCCGCUGACCUUCCUGUUCAUCUGCUCGUCUCUGUGGACACCCGUGUCGUAUGCGAUCGACCCUCCGACGAUGCCGCAGCGUGAGGACCUGUUGAUCCGCGACCCCAAGACUGGCGUGGCCCACCCGACCAAGAAGAGCAAGAAGAUUGCCUUUGGUGGCCAGGCUGCGUGGUUUGAAUUCCAGUACGAGAUUGCGACCAUUGUGACUGUUCUGAUCUUCGUCUACUCCUUCUUUUUCUAG